CUUACAUAACUAGUAGUUACUAACUAUUUUUCCCCCGCCGAUUGACUCAGCGGGCACUUUAUUAAGGCUCCGCUUUCAGCCCACUUUCUUCACCAUCAUUCCUUUGCCUUCCACCGCCCAAAACCGUUCUUAUUUCGUAUAACAUCAGCAAAAAACGAGCGCUUUUAACUUCAACCUCUUUCACCUCUCACCUUAAAGUACGUACUAUAAAUACAUAUCUCCAACAUCAACACCGUCAUCAACCACGAAGCUUGUCAACCUUACGUCUUAUCAUCAAAAACACAUAACCAAUUCGACCCCUCUAAAUUCAUACACAAUGUCUGAUGAUUGGAACUCGGUUACCAAGAUUGGAAGCAGGGCUCGCGGCGGCGCAUCAGAGCGCGAGACUGUCGUGCGAGGAAGUGCCGCCCUGAACGCCGCCAAGCGUUCUGGUAAUGCUAUCGCAGCAGAGAAGAAGUUUGCUACUCCCAAUACUGUCGGCAAAGGGCCCGAAGGCCAGCGUCUGACCAAGGUCGACCGCAGCGACGACAUCAUCAAGCCGAACACGGUCGGCAAAGAAGUCGGGGACGUCAUCAGCCAGGCGCGGCAGAAGAUGGAGCCCAAGAUGACGCAGAAGGACCUGGCGACCCGCUGCAACACGACGCCCUCCGUCGUCGCCGACUUCGAGCGCGGCACCGCCACCCCCGACCAGAAGGUCCUCAGCUCCAUGGAGCGCGUCCUCAACGUCAAGCUGCGCGGCACCGGCAUCGGCGAGCCUAAGUUCAAGCCCAAGAAAUAAAUUGCCUACCGUAAAUUAAAGAAAACAAAUGUCUGCCUACCCAGGAUAGUAGUGAAGUACCUGGGUAGGUAGGAAAGGUACCUAUCUGGAUGCUCAAGCUUGACUUAUCUACCUAGGUAGCUAGGUACACGUAGGGCAGGACACCUGACUAUACCCAGAAAAAGAGAUGAAGCAGAGGGGAAGAGAGAAGGAAGGGGGGGCUUCUACGAUAGCUCGACAAGCUUAGACUCAGACAGGGCGAUACCUAGUUACCGUAAUGGCCAAGAAAAGCAACCAUUAACACCAAAUAGUGUAUGAUAAAGUGAAAAAGACAGGCCGACAGGCCAACCACGAUAGGGGAAAAGAAGGAUGGGAAACCAACCACUUGUGGCAAGAAAAAAAAACCAAUAUUCAUGCAUUCUGAUUUUCCAAAACUUCCCUACCUCCCUCCCUCCCUCCCUCUAUGCAUCCGACUGCCAUAUACCCAAAGAAAAAGAAACCAGAGUGAAAAGAAAGCAUGUCUGCACAGCUCAGUUCAAGAUGAUAUGAUAUGAUAUACAAAACGAGGCGAG